UUUUUUGUCUUAAUUUUUUUUGUCCUACAACAAGGAGUUUCCCACCGCCUUCAGUGAGUAGACUAAUCUCCUGCGGGAGUUUGCAUGGGUAUCUCAAAGGGCAAUAUCCCUCCCAACUGGGAUUUUUUCCAUACCCAAAGCAUGAACACGAGACCUUGAUUAAGGAACGAGCGAGAUGCCCUUAACCACUCAGCCAGAAACCCCAGUUGCCCCCAAUAAUUUGUGUUACAUAUAUCCCAACUCGUCCAACAAACUAGACUACCGCACUCCACUCCACUCCACUCCAACCACAACAUCAAUGGAGUUCUCAAACUCACAAUCACCUCAUAUAGUAAUGGUCCCAAGCCCUGGAAUGGGCCACCUCAUUCCACUUGUAGAAUUCGCCAAGCUCCUCCACUUCAACCACCACUUCACGGUAUCUUUCCUCCUUCCAACCUCCACACCUCCCACCUCCUCUCAAACAUCCUUCCUCUCCACCUUACCUCCCGCCAUCUCCUACACGUUCCUCCCACCCGUGAACACCUCUCUACUACCUCCCAACACCUCCCACGGUGUGAUCAUCAACUUCAUCCACUCACACUCUCUUAACUCAUUUAGGUCCGCCAUGUGUUCUCUCUCGAAUGUCGUCGCUAUCGUUACCGAUCUCUUUGGGACUAACUACUUCGAUGUUGCUCGAGAACUUGGGAUUUUACCUUACAUGUACUUCACUUCUAAUGCGUUUUGUUUAUCCUUCUUGUUUCAUCUGCCUGAGUUGGACCGUACGGUGUCGUUUCGAUACCAAGAUAUGGAGGAUCCUGUGGUUCUUCCUGGGUGUGUACCGCUCUAUGGGAAGGAUUUUGAUGAACCUGCUUUGGACCGUCAGAGUGAGGGUUAUAAGUUGGAACUUUAUCAUGUUCAACGGUAUAAACUGUUUGAGGGUAUUUUUGUCAAUUCCUUUUUUGAUCUUGAACCGGGUGCUUUAAAUGGUUUGCAAUCCGAGGGUCUAAACCGGACCUCGAUUUAUCCGGUUGGGCCGAUAAUUCGUUCCGGUUCGGGGGAUAGUGAGAAGGAGUUGGAGUGUAUAAGUUGGUUGGACCGGCAGCCACCCGGUUCGGUUUUAUUUGUGUCAUUUGGAAGUGGAGGGACUUUGUCAUUUGAGCAGAUUAAUGAACUUGCAAUUGGACUUGAAAAAAGUGGGCAAAGGUUUUUAUGGGUGGUUAGAAAUCCUGAUAAUAUGUCCUCUUGUGGCUCGUUUUUUAGUAGUGGUCAAAGUCAAGAUGAGGGCUCUUUUGGUUUUCUACCAAAGGGAUAUGUUGAUAGGAUUAAGGGACGUGGUCUAUUAGUUCCCUUUUGGGCUCCACAAGUUAAGGUUUUGGCUCAUGGGUCGACAAGCGGAUUUUUGACUCAUUGUGGGUGGAACUCGAUUUUAGAAAGUAUAGUUUACGGAGUUCCUUUGAUUGCUUGGCCACUCUAUGCAGAGCAACGGAUGAACGCUGUGAUGCUUAAUGAAGGGUUGGGGGUGGCUUUAAGGCCUAAGGGAAAUGGAUGUGGCCUAAUUGAAACUGACGAGAUUGCUAAGGUUGUGAAUGAUUUGAUGGGUGGUGAAGAUGGUAAGAAAGCUCGUGGUAUGAUGAAGGAAUUAAGUGAUGCAGCUAAAAAGGCCAAGAGUGAGAGUGGAUAUUCUACCAAGAUGCUUAACGAAGUUUUUCUCAAAUGGUCUCAACAUAAGAUUCAAAAGGAAUGAAGGGUGUCUAAAACUAUGUACUUGUCUAAUUUCUUUAGUGAGGCUACUGAUAGUCAAUAUAAUCAUGAUGCAUGUAGUGACAACUUUAAUGUGCUAGAAAUAAAUACAUGAGACAUUUGGUACUGAGAGAUAAUAGUCAAAUUUUGUGAAAUUUAGUUUUUUUUAUAUAUAAUGAAAGUUACUUUCUUUA